AUGUCUCUCAGCUCGAGCAUUGUGGCGGCUCCGUCUGCCUCGGCCUCCGUCUCCGCCUCUAUCGCGGCAGUUAGUGCGGGGUCUGUCGCAGCCAAUAUCCUGGUUAUCGCCCGAGACACUGCCUCGGCCAAUGUUGCGUCCUCUGGACUUAACGCCUAUGGCAUUCCCUUCACCACCCUUCUGGUUCCGCAGUCGGGAACCAGCCUGCCCGCACUCAACACUACCACCGGAGGAAACUUCGGAGGUAUUGUCGUUGCCAGCGAGGUCAGCUACGACUAUGGCAGCGCGGGCUUCCAGAGUGCGUUGACUACCGACCAGUGGAACCAACUGUAUGCCUACCAGUUGGCGUAUGGUGUGCGCAUGGUACAGUACGACGUCUACCCGGGGCCCAACUAUGGUGCCAGUGCCGUUGGAGGCGGGUGCUGUGACACCGGUGUGGAACAAUUGGUUUCGUUUUCCGAUAUCAGCGACUUUCCCACUUCGGGCCUGAAGACGGGUGCUGGUGUCAGCACCAGUGGUCUUUGGCACUACCCGGCCACCAUCAGCGACACCGAAACGACCAAGCAGAUUGCCUCGUUUGCCUCCAACUCAGUCGUGUCCAGUGACACGACUGCUGCAGUGAUCAACAACUUCUCUGGCCGUGAACAAAUGGCAUUCUUCAUUUCCUUCGAUACGACCUGGAGUGCUACCUCCAACUACUUGCAGCACGCUUGGAUUGCCUGGCUUACACGCGGUCUCUAUGCUGGAUACCGUCGUGUCAACUUGAACACUCAGAUCGAUGACAUGUUCCUUGAGACGGACAUCUACUAUCCCAAUGGAACCACCUUCCGUAUUACCGCCUCGGACUUGGAGGGCAUCACCAGCUGGGUGACCCAGAUCAACGCCAAGAUGAACGCUGGUAGCAACUACUAUGUCGAGGUUGGUCACAACGGCAAUGGCAACAUCGAGGCUUCCGCCAACACUGGUGAUGCCGGUUAUGAUGCCUGCAAAGGCGGUGGUAUCGAAUAUGACUCCCCCCCUGACACUCCCUUGGAGUUUCAGAAGCCUCUGGGGACCGGUACCGAUCUCUGGCCCUCCACCCCAACCAAGUAUGACUGGACGAGCGCCUGCACUAAGCUUGAUUCCCUUUUGAACUGGUGGACCACUUCUGCCAACUUGAAUGCCUGGGGCCACAUCUCCCACACUUUCACCCACGAGGAGCAGAACAACUCGACCUACUCUGAUGUCUUCAAGGAGAUCUCCUUCAACCAGGCCUGGCUCAAGCAGGUCGGCAUUGAUGCUGCCCAGCACUUCACCUCGAACGGUAUCAUCCCCCCAGCCAUCACCGGACUGCACAACGGCGAUGCUCUUCAGGCUUGGUGGGACAACGGCAUCACCAACUGUGUCGGUGACAACACCCGCCCGGUGCUCCUCAACACUGAGAACGCGAUGUGGCCGUACUUCACCACCAUUGCCGCAAAUGGCUUCGCCGGUAUGCAGGUCAACCCGCGCUGGGCUACCCGUAUCUACUACAACUGCGACACCCCGGCUUGCACUGUGCAGGAAUGGAUUGAUACCUCUGCUGGUAGCGGCGACUUCAACACUCUGCUGGCAGUUGAGGAGGCGGACACCAUGCGUCACCUGUUCGGUCUUUACCACGACCCCUACAUGUUUCACCAGGCCAACCUUCGCAACGCGGACGUGACCGCCAUCACUGUCAACGGCGUGACGGCGAAGUACUCCAUCUUCCAGGCUUGGGUUGAGACCGUGGUGCAGGAAUUCGUGCGCUUGGUCGACUGGCCCCUUGUUACUCUGAAGCACCAGGAUAUGUCUGCUGGCUUCCUCGCUCGUUACAACCGCGACAAGUGCGGCUACUCUAUGAGUUACGCGAUCUCGAACAAGAAGAUCACGGCCGUGACCGUGUCCGCCUCCGGCAACACGUGCAGCGAGCCCAUUCCCGUCACCUUCCCCGUUGCGCCCACCAGCACGCAGGGAUUCACCACGGAGCAGCUGGGCAGCGACCCGCUGACUGUGUGGGUGAAGCUCUCGGGCUCGCCGGUGACCUUCACUCUCUCCACCCCGAUGGCGCUGUAA